GGUAAGACCCGCCCCCCUCUUCCUCACUAUCUCACUCUGCCUCGCAGCGUCUCUGCAUCUCUGCCCUCUCACGCGGCCACGGCCCACGCCGUUGCACUGUGCAAAUCUCGCCGUCGCCCCCUCAGCCUGAGACCCCUCCCUCUUGCGGUCGCCCCCUCAGAAACACAGACCCGCUUUCUCGCCGUUGCACCUCCCCUCACGGCCUCACUUCUCGAGCCGUUCCCGUCCCACACACAGCCCAUCGGCCCCUCUCUCAACGCUGCGCUGCCCUCUCUGUCUCUCACCGUCUCACGCAGCCCUUCCAUCUCUCACGCAGCCGGCAGCCCCUCUCCCACGUCUCUCUGCCUUCGACGGUAUAGCAGAUGGAGGCGGCAACCUCAAGUUUGGUUUGGGCCUGCUUUGUUAUUGACUUUUGCCAUUUACAUGCUUUCCACCAUAGGCAUCUUGGUCACUGGCUUCAUCCUUCUCAUUCAGCGUUAGCUAGGGCAUUCUCAGUUUGGGAGAGGGUCUCUUUGUUUUUUUUUUUAACAUAGUUUUUUUUUUUUUUUAAAUUUGAGCAUAUCUAUUUUUUAAUAUUAAAACAUGCCACAUAGCCCAUGCCACAUCAGUCGGGAUGGAGUCUCGGGACUUUUUAUUGGUGGAUGUAGCUUUUUCCAAAAUAAAGUUAACAAAUUUAAUCUCCUUCGCAAUUAUCGAAACGAACCCGUUUAUGGCACCUUCCCAUUAGACGCCUCUCUUUCUCUGUGAACUUUGUAACUUGAUACCCCAAGAAAUCAACGAUCUCAGGGAUUCAAUUUCCCCCAAGGGCAAAUUGGAAGCUUUGUGAAAUUCUUCAUUUAUAUAUUUUGUGUAGUGCAGCAGGCUUCUUUAGGGUUUACCAGUCAAGGAAGGCUUAUGUAUUGGAUAUAACCAAACCAUCUCAAGCAGUGGAUGUUGCUCAGGCGUACAAGGAAUUGCUUCAUGAAUAUACGUUACUUUCAAAGGAACUUAUCUGCUGCUUCAUUCCCGCUGGUCCCAGUACCACUUCCAUCUCGAAUGGAAACCCAUUUGUGGUAUAUAUUACCUAAUGAGGUUAAGAGUGAAACCCUUCUUAAUCAAUAUUUGGAACUUCUGUCACCAUGCGAGAAAGAAAAUGUUUGCCGCAUGCGUGGUUAUCAGCUGCAAAAGAGAGCCCUGCUAGCUCGUGCACUGGUUCGCACUACCAUUGCAAGAUAUCAGACAAAGUAUCCAGUUCAUCCAAGAUCCUUGAAAUUUAAGAAGAAUAUCUAUGGAAAGCCUGAGGUAGAAUGGGAAGAUGUUGAUGACCAGCAGCUUCCACCAUUGCAUUUCAACAUUUCACAUACCUCUUCCUUAAUUGCUUGUGGAGUGACUGUGAAUUCACCAAUUGGUAUUGAUGUGGAGGAGAAGCAACGGAAGUUAAAGAACAAUGUUUUAGCAUUUGCUCGAAGGUACUUUUCUCCUUAUGAAGUGGAACUUUUAACUGCCAUUUCGGACCCUGAAAUUCAGCAUCAGGAGUUCAUAAAAUUAUGGACUCUCAAGGAGGCAUAUGUGAAAGCGUUGGGGAGGGGUUUCUCGGCUGUACCUUUUAAGACCUUUACAAUUUGGUUUAGGACUACUAUGGAAGGGGAAAUUCGUCCUCCUGGGCAUGGCAAUUCUGAGGCAUUUGAUAUAGUCGUCGAUUCUUUUAAUGACCAUGAGAAGCUUACAAACAAUUGGCAAUUUGUGCUCUUGGAUUUGGCGGGUUCUCAUUAUGCUGCGAUGUGCAUUGAAAAGGACAGAACAACGUCUGGAGGUGAAGGGACCCUCCCAAUGAAAUUUACAGUACGUAGAACCAUUCCUUAUGUUGAAGAUGAAUGUGUUUCUGGUAUCGUAGCAAUAGGGAAUGGUUCGUAUCUGUAGUGAACCAAACUCUCUGAGCUUGUGUUCUAAAUUAUGUGUCGUAGCAAUGCGCCUCUACAUUGCCCCGUAGAAUGGAUACUGUAUUUUGUGAGAGAUUUAUAAUGUACAUUUAUUUCAUUUUUAAAGAUAAAUUCCUUGCAUCCUUGUGAUGAGUUGAAGCCCCAUCGUUUGUAUUGUUAAAUUUUUCACAGUUCAUAAAAGUAGAAGUUUAGUA